AUGCGAGCUUCAUGGCUCCUUGGUAUGAGGCGCACACUGCGUCUGGGUGUUGAAACGGCCUCGCAUUCGCCAGUACAAAUGGCCUCUGAUAUGCUUUUGCCUCCCAAACAGCUUUUCCGAGCACUCUUGCGUGCUCAUCGCCUACACUUGCCGCUGGAGAUGCGCAGCCUGGGUGAUGACUAUGUUAAGGCAGAAUUUCGCCGACACCAACAUAUUGACAAUCCACUUCAUAUUGUUGGUUUUUGCUCACAAUGGAAGAUGUAUUUAGACGCUAUUUUGCGCGAGGCGCAAAAUUCGAAUGGCGAAGUGCAUGGCAAAAGCUUGGAUCCCCAUUUGAUUGAUCGUUUCUCUGAUGAGCAGCUGUAUCAAUUGUAUGAGCUCAAGCUUGCGACCAACGACGUUUUUGACCCAAAAAAGGCGCAGAGCAAGCCGCCAGCACCUGAUAACUCUGGCGAUACACCUUAA